UCUACACCUUCAUACACACACACUGUGCAAGUAACAUCGGCUGUUAUAUGCUGGAAUUGUAUGCAGUAGCUCCUGUGGUCAACAAGGGGAAACGAUGCCGGCCAAGCGACGCGAUUCAGACGAGCGCAGUGGCAGCGACGAUGCCGAAGGCGAAGCAUUGAUCCUGCACCGUCUCUCCUCCGACCGUCUUGGCCGGCCUUACAUUGCCAGCAUACCGACGGAUGGCGCAGAGGGCGGCUCAGCAUACAGUAGAAAAGCGGAGGACGCAGUUCCGGCAGGUACGGACGGGUAUGGCACUGACGAUGAUGAUGACGAGGUCGGCGAUCUUGAGCGCGGAUUUGCGCCUCGGAAGCGCCCCUCAAGUGCAGGAGGAGGGGAAAGUGGCAAAGUAACAGCCUCCCAGCUGGCUGACAGGCUGGAAUACGCAUCUGCUGGCUUGUCUCGAAAGCAAGCUGUUGAAGAAGAAGAUGACAAGCUUGGGCGACCGACGUGGCUGCGGCGCACGUCGCGAGUUGCCAGAAGGUCACCUCGUGCACGCAUCUGUCUUGCAUGCCUGGCAGUCUUCUUUGCAGUCGCUGUCUUUUCAAUUGUGUUCGCCCCAGGUCUGCGUACAACGCGAGAGCGCAUCAAGGGUUACGUCAAAGGGUUGCAAUUCAACGGCAAUGCAAGCGUGCAAGGCGAGAAUUGGUACUUGGGCUAUCCAGGCCCGACGCAGACGGGCCAAGCGCCAGGAUGGGCAACAGGGGCAUCACUCCCGGCUGGAGUCACUGCAGCUACCCCUACGCGAGGCAGCAGCCCCAUACAGACUGCCGUUGCUGGCUUUGAAAGCAAGAUAUUCAAGCCGUUCGAGCACAUGGGCCCGCUUACACCAUAUCGGUCAUCGUACGGCCAUGGCGUCGACGACACUGUGCAUCGGGACAUCAGCUCAUUAGAGGGGGGCACUUGCAAGCUCGAGCAGGUGCACAUUCUUCACAGACACGGCUCCCGGUAUCCCACUACUGGCUCGCCUGCCGAACUCGUUCGCAAAUUCCUAGACCAAUCACCUCGGCCUACAUUCACCGGGCCUUUAAGCUUCAUCAACUCGUAUAAGUACCGUCUGGGUUCCGAGUUGCUCACACCAGUAGGACGACAGCAGCUAUACGAUUCGGGUGUGCAUGCUGCCAUUGAGUACGGUUCACUAGCGGAGGCAGAUUUGUCUGACAAUGGCAGCAGGCUGUUCGUUCGAGCGGGUUCCCAACGCCGUAUCGUUGACUCAGCCCUCAGCUGGAUGCAGGGAUUCUUUGGUACCUAUGAAUGGCGUAAUCACACGGAGCUGCAGGUUCAGAUCGAGGCCCCUUCCUUUAACAGCACACUGGCGAGCAACUUUGCUUGCCCGACUUAUGGUCAACCGUGGACAAUGCCAGGGCGGAACAUGACGCUCAACUUCAUCGACAAAUACCUCGCUUCUGCCAAACAAAGGUUAUCGCGGCAUGUACAGGGCAGCAAGGUACCCUUUAACGAGCGGCUCCUAAAUGCCAUGCAGCAGCUUUGCUCCUACGACACCGUUGCGUUUGGGCAAAGUGACUUCUGCAGCCUUUUUACUCAGCAAGAAUGGGAGGACUACGAAUAUGCGUGGGAUCUGCAGUUUUUUGGCUUCGACGGUGCAGGAUCCCCAGUCGGUCGAGCACAAGGACUUGGCUGGGUGAAUGAAUUUAUCGCUCGUCUCACCGACCGACCGUGGGAUCCAUCGACGCAGACGAGUGAGAACUCCACGCUGGACAGUAGCAAAGAGAAAUUCCCUCUCGGCCGGCGUAUUUACGCGGACUUUACGCACGAUUCGAUGAUUAUAGCCGCGCUUUCUGCGUUCGAACUUCCACAGCUGAACGAGGAGCUCAAGCAGACAUCUUCGCGACGAUUCAAGACGACGCAGCUGGUACCCUUUGCCGCGCGCUUCGUAGUUGAGCGCCUCGCUUGCGCCGAUGGCAAGCGCUACGUGCGCUUUGUGCUCAAUGACGCUGUGCUUCCUCUGACGCAUUUGAAGGAAUGCGCCCCGCGCGCCGAUGGCAUGUGCCUGCUAGAGAGUUUCUUGCAGUCGCAGCGCGAUCGCUUUGCCCGCGCGCAUUGGGACAAUUGUAUUCGAAAGCCUUGACUGUCGAAUUGAUAUACCAU